AGAAAAAGAAAAUGCAAUAGUUGAUCUAGUGGGAUGGAAGCUAGGUAUAUACCAAACCACAUAGACAAUACAAUAGCAAAGGGUAUUACGGAGAGAGGAACAGCAGAAGAAGGUUAUAGAUUAGAGAAUUGCUAAGAAAGAAAAAGAGAAAAUAGAAAAGAAAAAAAAGAGAAAUUCAGUGGAAUAAUCCAUGAAACAUUUCUCUAUAUAAAUACAUAUCCACACACCACAAUCUCCUUCUUCUGCUGCGGUAACUGCAGAGAGAAAAAGAGAGAAAGAAAAAGGGAAGAAACGGUGCGUUGCGCGGAAAGCGGAAACACGCGGAAGGGGGAAUCAGCGGUGCUCCACCGGCGAUCGCUCAUCGGUGCCGGCGAACUUCAGAUCGCUGCUCUUGCUUCUCCGGAAAUUGUGCCAUGCGAUUCUUCCAGAAGCAUUUUUUGUUAUAGUAUAUCAGUGCUGGUUUUUUGGCUCACUGGUGGAAAAUUGUUAUAUAUGGGCUGAGGUGUGCUUUUCAUGGGAGGUGUGGAGGAUGAAGAACCAGCUUUGAAACGAAUGAAAGUAUCCUCAAAAGGAUUAGGUGGUCUCUCAAACGGUUCGUGUUCAGUGGAGCCUGUUGGAGGCUCUUCAAGCGACUUGAUGGCGCGGCCCCUGUCAUCUGAAGGGGACGGCGAAGUUGUUGGUUCUAGAGGGGUUAUAAAAAGAGAGGAGUUUGUUAGGAUAAUCACAAAGGCGUUGUAUUCGCUUGGUUACAAGAAGAGCGGGGCACGUCUAGAGGAGGAGUCUGGCAUACCUUUGCACUCGACUGUUGUGAAUCUGUUUAUGCAGCAAAUACUUGAUGGCCAUUGGGAUGAGAGCAUAGUCACAUUGAAUAAAAUUGGUUUAACAGAUGAAAAUGUUCUCCGGGCAGCUUCGUUUUUGAUAUUGGAGCAGAAGUUUUUUGAACUUCUUGAUGGGGAAAAGGUCAUGGAUGCAUUGAAGACAUUGAGGUCUGAGAUUACACCUCUUAGCACCGAUAGUAGUAGAAUUCGUCAACUUUCUUCCUGCAUGCUUUCUCCAUGUGGCCAAGUUGGUUCUUCAAAGCGAGAUAUUGUACAGGUGAGAACUCGGUCAAAACUUCUGGAGGAAUUGCAAAAUCUGCUUCCCCCAACUGUACUGAUACCUGAAAAGAGAUUGGAACAUCUAGUUGAACAAGCUCUUAUCUUGCAACGAGAAGCUUGCCUGUUUCACAACUCAUUGGAUAGAGAGAUGUCAUUGUACUCAGAUCAUCACUGUGGAAAAACUCAGAUACCUUCUAGGACAUUACAGAUAUUAGAAGCACAUGAUGAUGAAGUUUGGUAUGUGCAAUUUUCGCAUAAUGGCAAAUAUUUAGCUUCAGCAUCAAAUGAUCGAUCUGCAAUCAUUUGGGAGGUAAUAUCUGAUGGCUAAUCAUACUCUCCUGAUCUUUU